AUGGAGGACACGGUCAGGGAAGCCCCUCCCAGCGGACCCCCAACAUCGGGGGCAGGCACCAGGAGCACCGACGGAAUGCAGGACAGGGGGAAGUGGGCCAACAAAACCGAGUUUGUGCUGUCCAUGGCCGGGGAGAUCAUCGGCCUGGGCAACGUGUGGCGCUUCCCUUACCUGUGCUUUAAAAACGGAGGAGGUGUGUUCUUCAUCCCGUACUUCGUCUUCCUCUUCUUCUGCGGGAUCCCCGUGUUUUUCCUGGAGACAGCACUGGGACAGUACACAAGCGAGGGUGGAGUCACCGCCUGGAGGAAGAUCUGCCCCAUGUUUGAGGGAAUCGGAUAUGCAUCUCAAGUGAUUGUCAUGUACCUCAACGUCUACUAUAUUUUACUGUUGGCGUGGGCCAUUUUUUACCUGUUCAGUUCAUUCAGCAACCCACUUCCCUGGUCAAGCUGCAACAACGUUUGGAACACAGAUCAAUGUUCUGAAUUCCCACAAUUCUCUUUCCACAGUGAUUACUCACCCAUGGACUACACGCAUUCCACACCAGAGGAGGAGUUUUGGACGAGGAGAGUGUUGGGUCAGACUGAAGACCUGUUUGUGCCCCUGGGCCCAGUGCGCUGGGAGCUGGCCCUCUGCCUGCUGCUGGCCUGGGUGGUCUGCUACUUCUGCAUCUGGAAAGGAGUCAAAUCUACAGGCAAGGUGGUCUACUUCACGGCGACGUUCCCCUAUCUCAUGCUUCUCAUCCUCUUCAUCCGCGGCGUGACCCUGCCGGGGGCCUGGGAGGGGCUGAAGUUCUACCUCUUUCCAGACCUCUCCAAGAUCACGGACGCCGAUGUGUGGCGCGACGCUGCGACCGAGGUCUUUUACUCCUACGCUGUGUGUCAGGGAGUCCUGACUGCCCUUGGAAGCUACAACAGAUACAACAACAACUGCUACAAGGACUGCGUGGCACUUUGCGUUCUCAAUAGCGCCACCAGUAUUUUUGCUGGUUUCGCCGUGUUCUCUGUGCUGGGGUUUAUGGCUGAGGAGCUUGGCCUGCCCAUAGAGGCCGUAGCCGCGUCAGGUCCUGGAUUGGCCUUCAUCACUUACCCAAAAGCGCUGUCGCUGUUACCAGGAGCUCAGUUCUGGUCUGUGCUCUUCUUCCUCAUGAUCAUCUUCCUGGGCCUUGACAGCCAGUUUGUGUGUGUAGAGAGCCUGGCCACUGCCAUCACAGACAUGUUCCCCCGUGCACUGCGGAGGCCCGGCAGGCGUGAGAUCCUCGUCCUCCUCAUCGCCGUCUUUUGCUUCCUGCUGGGGCUGCCCCUGGUCACCAAUGGAGGAAUCCAUCUCUUCCAGCUGAUUGACACUUAUGGUCCAAGUGGAACAACUCUUUUGUUUAUCGCCUGUUUUGAGACCGGUGUUAUUGGGUGGGUCUACGGUGCAGAUCGUUUCUAUGACAACAUCGAGGACAUGAUUGGGUACAAGCCCUUCCCCGUGCUAAAGUUCUGCUGGCUUUUUCUGACUCCGGUUAUUUGUGCAGCCACCAUGAUGUAUGACCUGCUGACUGUCCCCGGGCCGUCUGCGACCCGCAUCCCCCACUGGGCUAUGGGGAUCGCUGCCCUGCUGACUCUCACGCCAUUGACGUGCAUUCCCAUCUUCAUCUUCAAGUCCCUCUGUCAGAACGCUGAUGGAGUGACUACGCCCUCUAGUGACCUGCGGCAGACGCGUCCGCACCAGCCGCGACUGACCCUGUGUGGACACAUCGUCGUCAAGGGAGAGAUGAUCUCUCACAGAGAGCGCAAGGAGGAGGAGAAGCUGGCCACCAGCGGCCUCUGA